AUGCGGAUGUGUCGGUGGAAGAUUGUUACCAAGACAGGCAGACAAGGGAAAUGUAGGUUAGAUGUAAAAGGGAAUUGCAGUGCGGGUUGGGGCGAAAACGUGGUGAGGGGGGGAGGGUAG